CUCUCUCUUUCAGUCUCUGUCCCUCCCUCUGUCGUUCGCUCCACCAUUCCUGCCCUGCUCGCCAGCACACAUAACACACAUGAGCACACGCGCACACACACACACACACACAUGCGCGCGCACGCAAGCGAUGACUGAUGCCUCCUCUCUCCCUCCCUCUCUCUAGCAUUCUCUUUCUCCUGGCUCUCGAUCUCUCCGCUGCACCACCAAGACUUUUCUCCUUCCUGUGUAUAUUUGUUCUCUCUCGGCAGUGCAUACUGGAACCGGUUCUGUGCAGCGUCAGCACAUGCUAUCCCGGUCAGAAACGAGCAGCAGCUCCGUCUACUUCGCACUCGCUGUCUGACUGAUCCGCUUCUUUUUUCUCUUUACUUUCCCACACACACACACACACACACACACACACACACACACACUGAUAUCCUUUGUCCGGUAGAUAUAUUUUCCCUUAGCCGUAUUCUUCCUUCAAAGUCCUGUGAACGGUGGGAUCAAAGAAAAGAUAAAGGUGAGGAAAGGGAGGAGAAGCAACAAAGAAAAGGGAUAGAAUUUUGAGGAAUGGAUAGACACAAGGCUGGAGUGAAAUAUGGAUGCAAGGCUGCAAGUCAAGAAGGAAAGCGCUAACAAGAGAGUGAGGAAGAGGGGAGAGACGGGAAGAAUCCAGUUGGAAUCGGGUCACAAUCGCGGGAAAAGUGGAUCAUCUGUCCUCUUCAGAGGAGCACCUGGUACCCACUCACGAUGGAGUGUUCACAAGGGAAAGGCUAUGAUGAACAGCUUAAAAAAAUUCUGGAUGCAGAGAUCAUGCCUCUGGUAGAGGAGUUUGACAAGCGGCUGAACAAAGACACAGUGUAUGAGGAAAGGUUGCAGACAGCAGCAGACAAUUUCAUUGCAGCUGCCUCCACACUGCCUAGGGUGUCUGGAUGUUUCCCUCCAUGUGGUUUUCAGGAAGCAGGCGCUGUGUACAACUGUAUUACCUGCCAGUAUGACUCCUGCGAGUUCCCCCUGGACUGUCCAGUCAAAGAAAUCAAAGUAAUGGAGAACAACAGGACGCGAAUGUGGUGCGGCGUGCAAUUUCCCUUACCCCAUGAUAUUGAAGUGAUCUGGAAGUACGCCGAAGCGGUAAAGAGCCAGCAGGUGGAUCAGUUUAGGGCGGUGACUGCAGGGGUGGACAGGCUGUACUCCAUCCCAUCAACCAGCCUACAGCAUCAGGGCACCUACCAGUGUGAGAUCUACGCAAACCAGCGUUCAGUUGUGCGACUGUACUACUACCUAACGGUGAUCCCCCGGGCUGCGGUCGGCCACACGGAGCUUCAGGAGCUAUUCGAUCUGGCUCUGCUCCCAGGAGGCCGGAUAGUCCCGGCGCCUGACGCCCCUCACGACUCCUUCGUGCUCCCGUCACCAGCGAUUCUCACCGCCUGUCUGACUGCCCUGUUCCUGUUGCUGUUGCUGCUCCUCUCCCUGGGGGUUAUGUACUGGUGGCCAAAACCAGCGAGCGUGAGCGAUGGUGAACAGGCAGAGGCAGAGCCAACGUGUCCCGUUGAAGAAGUAAAUGUGGUGCAAUAAAGCCAUUCAAUUAAGC